CUUCAGUUGAUAUCCAGACGGUGUGAUAUCACAGCUGAUUGUCUAGUUCAUCUUUUUGCUUCACUCGUAGCUGUGUGACUAGAAAACUGUGACUGCCGUUUGAUAAUAUGCAUAGCGAAGCAAACGAAAAGACAGUCGUUUUCGAAAUAUCAUUACCUGAUGACGAGGGCUGCCAUGAAUGCUCUUAUCUCGAGCUUUUCCAACAACACUUGGAAUCUGUAAAUAAUCGAAAACGUGAGGAUGACCCUUUCGCAUCCAAAGAAGAUGCAGAAGAAAAGAGGCUUUCUGACCUCGCUAAGGCACUCGAGCGAAAAUAUGGGACUAUGGUUACUAUGAAGAAUAGUGGAAAGCAGAAGCGAGUUCGUAUAGAUGACUUUUUGGAUCCAGGAGAUGGAUACGACACCCAAGAUUCGUUUAUCGAUGACUCCGAGGCUGUAUGAUCUCGUUUAAUUUUGUUUUUAGUGAAAUAUGUAGAUUGAUGUAUUUGUGGCUCCAAAUAUUUCUACUAAGUUUGGAGGAUAUUUUGUACAUCAAGGCACUGUUGAAGGACUUGAAGAUCAGAGUGCAAAAAUCGAAGCUCCUUGGAAUGCAAGGAUAUUGGUUUGUGUAAAUGAAACUGAUCCCAUUAUCCGAUAGACAAAUACCAAUUCAUCUCAGAAUAUUAUGAGAAAGAAAAACAAAUCCAAAGAGCUUUUGGAUAAGGCUGUCAAACGCUUAUCAACUCCCAGUGCUUUCAAGCCUAAAUUGUUUUUAUCGGAGUCGCGAAACCAAAUGCGUAAUUUAGACUCAGUAUUUGACGAGGUUUUGUCCACACCAACAGCAUUUGAACAGGAGAGUAACACAAAAGUUAUUGAGAAUUGUGAAAAACCAAGUGGUCAAAAUGAUCAUGACCCCUCCGCAGUCACAGCAAAGUUAUGCGAAACUGGAAAACCAAAAGCUCUUCCUGAAAAUUUACCACCAGAUAUAGUAACAUGCUUGAACAACCUAACAGAGAUCAACAAAAAUGGGACACAUCAACGUCGUACGCUAGGAAAACCGUUCGAUACGGAAUUAUUAAAAUUGGAUACAAAAUUGAAGGAAUUAAUGGUGAAUCAGUCUGUGAGGUCAGAUGUAUUCAGCUACUUAGAAAGCCACUUACAAUUGAAGCGCAAAGCUGUGAUGCGUAGACUUAAACGAUUGAAGGAAGAUAAUCAAGAACAGAGAAUGAACCCACUCUUGGACGCUCUCGGUGAAGCUAUUUCAUCGUCAAUGCCUCCAAUUAUUGAAAGUUAUACAAGAGAUAAAGAAGUUCACUUAGAACGUAUUAAAGCUUGGCAAACAGAAAAUUUGCAAAGUGGCUCAGAUUUAACUGAUAAUCAAGGUGUUAAUAACUUAAGCGACGUCAACUUAUCGAAACGACCUCCAAAACCUGGACCUCCUAAGAAAAUCUAUCGAUGGAAUUCUGAAUGCAGGUAAAUU